GGAGGGGAGAAAAUAAUCUGAAGAAAAUAACCUGCAACCUUUUUAUUUGAAAGUCAUGGAGCCAUCCUGCCACCUGCCGGCGAGAGCUAGACACUGCAGUUUCCGCCUGCCGUGCAGGACUAUGGCCACAAGAGGGACACCAACCAUCCAGCCAGCGGGGACGCGCUUCUUAAUGACGUCACGCAAGUCUCCUAUCUGCCGAGCGGGGAGGGGCGGGGCCGGGCGGCCUGAUUGACAGCCUGGGAGAAAGUUGUCCGAACUUUACCCUGAGUCCGGAGCGGCGGGGAUCGGCCGGGAAAUACAGCCGCUCCGACAAUAAAUGGAGGCCGAGGAGCCGGACUCGACAGGAGCGGAGGCACUACAAGACUCCUCUCUUGGUGGGGUGGGAGGAGUGUCUCCAGCAGAGGGGCUGGUCCCACCCAGUUCGGAGGCGGUGAUUGGUCGGCUGCUCGGCGAACCAGGUCGCUUUGCCUACGCGGCUCUGUGUGCGGUGUCACUGGCCCAGCUGUUCCCGGGGCUGUUCCGGCAGCAGUAUGUGCAGGCGCUGGUGUCCUGGCUGGGCUUGUGCGACACCGUCCUGCCAGUGAUGGAGGCGUUCCUGGGUGGGCUGGGGCUCGAGGGGACGGACACCUUCCUCUCUGUCCUGCAGAAGGAGCCGCGGCUGCAACACGGGGCUCAGCCUGUCAUACAGGACCUGGUGUCUUUCUCUGUGAGGGACGGUGAGCACACAUCUCUGCACGCGCUGUCAGUGAGGGAAAGCGUCUCCUCUGUGCAGGGGGAGAGGGAGGCACCCAGUGUUGAUACCAGUCACUGUCACUCUGUCUCCCUGCCUCUGCCUCUGAUCCUCAGUGCCUCUGCCUCUGAUCCUCAGUGCCUCUGCUUCUUGCACCACAGUCUCUCCGCCCCCAGGGAGGAGGAGUCCCGACGGCGCAGGAAGGAGAGGGGCAGGAAGCUGAAGCGCUACCUCCUGAUUGGCCUGGCCACUGUGGGCGGGGGCACCGUGAUUGGCCUGACCGGCGGGCUGGCGGCCCCUCUGGUGGCCGCGGGCGCCGGUGCGGUGAUCGGCGCAGGAGGGGCGGCGGCUCUCGGCUCUGUGGCUGGAAUUGCCAUCAUGGCCUCCCUGUUCGGCGCAGCCGGGGCCGGACUGACUGGGUACAAGAUGAACAAGCGCGUCGGAGCCAUCGAGGAGUUUGAGUUCCGGCCGCUGAGCACUGGGAAGCACCUUCACCUCACCAUCGCUGUGACAGGCUGGCUGUGCCGAGGAAAAUACAGCUCCUUCCAGGCCCCGUGGGCCAGUCUGAGGCAGUCCAGAGAGCAGUACUGCCUGUGCUGGGAGUCGCGCUACCUGCUGGAGCUGGGCUCAGCGCUGGACUCGCUGCUGGACGGGCUGGUCAGCAUGGUGGCCCAGGAGGCCCUCAAAUACACCGUGCUGUCAGGGAUCCUGACCGCACUGACCUGGCCCGCCUCCCUGCUGGCUGUGGCCAGUGUGAUUGACAACCCCUGGGGGGUGUGUCUGAGUCGCUCUGCCGAGGUAGGAAAGCAGCUGGCACAGGUUCUGAGGAGCCGGCAGCAGGGAAGGCGUCCUGUCAGCCUGAUUGGCUUCAGUCUGGGGGCCAGAGUCAUCUACUUCUGCCUGCAGGAGCUGGCCAACGACACAGAUUGCGAGGGCGUGAUUGAGGACGUUGUCCUGUUGGGGGCGCCGGUGGACGGCUCUGCGCGGCAGUGGAAGGCCUUGUCUAGGGUUGUGUCUGGGAGGAUCAUCAACGGUUACUGCAGGGGGGACUGGCUCCUGAGCUUCGUGUAUCGCAGUUCGUCGGCACAGCUGUCCGUCGCUGGGCUCCAGCCCAUCAACCUGGACGACCGACGCAUGAUGAAUGUGGACUUGUCAUCUGUGGUCAAAGGUCACCUGGACUACAUGCGGCAGAUUGAAACCAUCCUGGUGGCGGUGGGCGUGCCAACCAGGGAGGGGGCGUGUCUCGGCGACGUCCUUUCAAUGCCCCAGGAGUCUGUUGCCACGGAGAGAGAACCGAAGCCGGAGCCCGAGUCAGACCAGUCAGCUCUGGGGGGUGGAGCUAAUGAAGGAGGAACAGAGCCUGGAGAUGAAGCAGGGGGCGUGGUGUGUGGAGCGGGGGUGGAGUCUGUAUGCAGAUUAGGUGGAGGAGGUGGACCUGGUCAGGAAGAGCCCUCUGUCAGUGAGGCAGAAAGAAAGGAGGAGGAUGGUGUCACAACCACCACGUCCCCACAGACUGAGGGGAAUGGCGGCAGGAGGGGGGGGCUUGAACAUGCUGGACAGUACUGACCUUCUGAAUAUCACACAGAAUUCCUAGCUGCACUGCUAGCCAGGUGUGGGCGCUUGGCCGAUGUUUGUAGUGCUACACACAGUUACCCCAGGGGUUACCCUCUGACCACCAAACAGUCCUGGCCACUUGGGGCGAUGCCACACAAGAUCUCGGGGAGCAGCAGUGCCCUCCAGCUGGGGAUGACGGGAAGAGGGGUGUCACGGUGGCCUCCUGACCCCCCUGCGCUCAGCCCUGCCCUGAGCACAGCUCCUGGGAGGUGUGCCCUCAGAGGGGUGAGGGGGUGGGGAGUGCUGCACAACACGACAUACUGCGGUCCUACCUCUUCGGCAGCGCCCCCACAGUUCUGAAACGUGAGUGUCCGUGUUGCCGCCCCCUCUCGUGACGGCCUUGUUUAAGCAGGCCGGGCGCCGGGACAGAGACAGGCGGCAUGGUCCCAGCUCCAGCUGACCCCUCAGGGACCAGACGGGACACCCCGGCCGUGCCCUGGCCAGCGGGCAGCUGUCCACCUCGCCCUGGACGCUAUGGUAGCGGUCAAGCCCGACCGCAGGACACGUGUGGCACACAGACAGACCGGAGGCACGAGGCAGACAAGACUGGGCUGUGAAUUGAUGUCGUUUAAUCCAAAACUGCAUGGAAUUACAAAUGUUCUGUCCCAGAGCAGAAGUUCUGUAAAUAAAUUCAGUGCCUGAAGGGGU